AUGAAGAGAGCAAUCGUUGGAUCCGGUUAUCUCGUACUUAGUUUGCUAGGGACAUGCUUUAAUCUGUCUACGCUCAGCGUGUUGCCCGAAUGUGAGCGAUCACUCACUCGACCGUUACUAAUAUUCUUUUCAAUUCAAUUAUUUAUUGGUAUUGGGACCUUACUUACCGUUGCAAUUCCAGUCCCAUACAUGAUCGCCACUGACAGAUCGUAUUUUGUGAAUCCGUUAUUGAUUGGUGCACCAGGAGUACUAAUUUGUCUCACACUCCUAAGUUCAUAUCUAAUUCAAUUUUGUAUUUGCAUUUAUCGCAAUAUACGGGUUGUUUUUAACAAAUUCUCUGAAACGCUAUUCACCGAUAUUGUUGUGAAAUUACUUAUUGUAUUCGCUUCACUGCUAGCCGUUCACAUUUCUGUGAUCAUUACACGAACGACAACUAUCAGACGAUUUUCACUACAUCUGUUGGCUUGGGAGCAGACCGAUGCUGAAUACAUUACUAUGCUAUCGGUUGUCGUUUAUUCUUCGAUGGUUGGAGCCAUGUUCUACGCGUUUUCCAUUUUCGAUUUACUCUACCAGCAUAUAUACGAUCAAGAGAAGCACGAAACCAUUGAAACAACGCCAAAAACAUUGCUGUUUUACCAAAUCCUACACCUUAUCUGCGAUGCCAUCUUUUGCCUACUAAUUGUGCUGCCGAGGUUCGAAUACUUCUCGAAGAGGCCGAACCUAAUUAUUGCCCACUCGUUUCUCAACAUAUUUGGAUCAGCCAUUUGGCCCGCCAUAUCACUCAUUGUUUACUCAGAGAAGGUCCGAAAUGAAUUAUGCUUCCGAACUAUUUUAAUGCUCAAGAUGUGUUCGUCACCGGACAAUAUUCAAGAUCGCACACGUUGUAAUCGUAUGAGAUCUGCUUAG